AGACUAUAAAAAGACGAGCAGAAAGUGAGAUCGCACUCACUAUCACAAGUAAUAUAUCUCAGUGACCUCUUCUUCACUGUAGGAGCUGGAAUAGGGGGAGGGCAAAAAGCAUGCAAGCCUUUCUGAUCAUCUUCGUCAGCUUCUGGUUACCUUAUUCCAGUCUGGCAUCAGGCAAUUGGUGCUACACGAGCCAGGAUGCCAGUUGUGAUUGGUUCCUCUCUCUAGGCCCUGAUCAUUGGUCGGUCAACCACCCAGAUUGUGGAAAGCAAAAGCAAUCCCCCAUCGAUAUUGUAACCAAAAUGGCAAACCAUCUGCCUUCACUAUGCUCCUUCGUAUUCCGGGGCUAUGACCAGAUUCCGACCAAAAAGCCCAUGAUAAAGAACACUGGGCACUCAGUUCAGGUGACACUCGAGGAGACUAACACCAUCAGUGGCGGAGGCCUGGCCAACACAUACAAAGCGCUUCAGCUGCACUUUCACUGGGGGACAACCACCACACCUGGAGCAGAGCACACCAUAGAUGGCACCAGAUACCCUAUGGAGAUGCACAUAGUCCACAGGAACGAAAAGUACAAAAACAUGGAGGAGGCCCUGAAUCACACUGAUGGUGUGGCUGUGCUGGGGUUCCUGUUCAAAGAAACCAAAGAGAUUAAUUCGAACUACAAAGACAUAAUUAACCACUUGAACGAUGUCAAGUCAAAUGAUCAGAAAGUGUCUAUGACCCCCUUUGCCUUGAAGUCAUUGCUCCCAAGCGAUACAGACCUGAAACACUAUUAUCGUUACGAGGGUUCGUUGACUACCCCAAGCUGCCAGGAAGCCGUGAUCUGGACCAUCUUCCCCAAUCCCAUUCCUCUCAGGAAGGACCAGCUCAAUGCAUUUCCAACGAGUUUGUAUUUCAGCAAAGAAUCGGAGAAACCCAAACCCAUGGUGUCCAACUACAGACCUAUUCAGAAGCUGAAUAACCGAGUUGUCUACACAUCGAAGGGGGUCAGACCCACCAGCGCUGCUGUGCUGACAGUCGUUUUUGUGGCCUAUCUGUCUACUUCAUUCAACUGAGCCCCCCCUCCCACCCCCAUCUCAUCUGCACAGCCCCUCUCACCUUCCCAGUGCAACGGACGUCAAAGGGGAAGGUCUGUAAAUCAGGUGCCUCAAACCAAAAUCAGUAUCCAUUGUUCUCGCUAACCAGCGUCCACUUCCCAUCACUGUGAUCCUGAGCCCACCAAAGACAAGAAAUCAUCUGUACCUCCCUCUCUUUCCCUCUCUUCCUCUCUCCCUCGCCCUCUUCUUCUCGCCUUCAUUUCUACUGAAGGUGUGUGGGCCGGUGGGGGAAAGGUAGAGGUGAGGGAGGUGAAUGUGGGGAAGGGUGAAUAGAAUAGAAUAGAAUAGAAUAGAAUAGAAUAGAAUAGAAUAGAAUAGAAUAGAAUAGAAUAGA